ACGGACCAGGCGCUGGUCGCGCGUGUAACGAGUGUUGGUUCGUGGGAACACGCAGCUUCUGCUUCGUGUCGGGUGGAACGAGGCCCGUCUCCAGACGCCGCGCCGUCCGGUGCCGUUAGCUGCGCUACGAGCCUUUAGCUUCGCGCCGAGCUAACGUCCAUAAUGCCCAAAUCAAAGGAAGUGUUGUCCUCCACGUCUGGAAGCGACUCAGACAGUGAAGUCGAGACCAAGGCAAAGAGAAAGAAGCCAAGUGCUCCAGAGAAACCUGCCAAGAAGCCAAAGAGCGGAGAGAGUUCCAAGCCGGGCGACUCGUCCAAAGGCGGCGGCAGCAGCAGCAGCGACGACAACAUGUUCCAGAUCGGAAAGAUGAGGUACGUCAGCGUGAGGGACUUCAAGGGUAAAGUCCUGAUUGACAUCAGAGAGUACUGGAUGAACCAAGAUGGGGAGAUGAAGCCAGGGAAAAAAGGCAUCUCCCUGAAUCCGGAGCAGUGGAACCAACUGAAGGACCAGAUUUCAGAAAUCGAUGACGCCAUUAAGAGAAUAUAAGCAUUUCUUUGACUGUUGUCCGUUGUGCUAAUUGAAGACUGUGGUUGUUUUCUAAAAGACCCGUUUAUUUUGUAGUUGUAUAGAUGUAGAGUCAUCUGAAUAGUCCUGUUUUCUGUGUUGACCUUGUUUUUGAGCAGCUGUAGUUCAGGCGUGGGUGGAUGAGUAGGUGGCUGGUGAUGUGGGGAGUAGUGAUGUUUUUUGUAUUGAAUAAUAAAAACAAAGCACUAACUUCA